GCUGGGAUGGCUGACUCGUCAAAUAAAGCAAGGCUAGAUCAACAGCAAUCCCAGCAGCCGUUACUGACACCCCAACUGAUAACAGUUAGUACAGCCACCAGCAACUUUGCAACUAAUGGUCUUCCUGUAACUCGCCCUGCAACAUCGGUCAUUGUGCGAACUACCACCAAUUCUCCCAGUUUAACACGAAAUCUUGUUGUUAUUCGUCCAUCUACUGUCGCGGGGGUCGCUGCUCCCUCCGCUCCUCGAUUCUUCGUCCAGCCGGGGUCGUCGCGUCCUAUACUACCCCAGCUUGAAACCUCUUCAUCUUUGGAUGUAGAUAAUCAGCCAGAUGCUAGCAACGCACCGGUUGCGACUCUUCUUCGCAAUGCACCUAUUACCAUGCGCUUCGACGGACACAUUCAACCUAUUGGUGCAGUCCCUGUUGCCGGUCGGCUAUCUGCGAUGAACAGGCAUUCUGUUAGCUCUGGAAAUAUUGCACCCACCGGAAUGCGGCUGGGAGGAGUAGUCGAGGUGACCGGAGCUCCAGCUCAGCCACCAAAUCGUAAAAUUAUCCGUGAGAUGCAGGUUCGCGUUUGCACACGUGCUGACAGAAAGCUGAGUGUGUUACGCUAUAAUGCUUAUGAUCGGAUUGAUCUUACGGGUGCUGUGAACAAUGGCGCUGGAGAUAGCAAAGGUGGGCCUUCUGUACUUCCAGAGGUAUUUAUACAACGUGAGAACAAUCUUCGGCAGUACAAGGCUUCUCACAACAUUGUGGAUGUGCCGACUCGUGGAGCAGGUAGCGAGUUCGGUCAGGAGGCCAGGGAAGAGGCCCGUUUGCGUAAGCUGGGUAUAGUGAGGCAGGGAUAUCGUGCGGAGGAUCAACCUUGGCUUCUUACCGUUGGUAAGGGCCGUACGGCGAAACGCUACAGGGGUGUCAAGGAGGGUAGUGUAUCGGCCAACGUGAGACACUUCGUGUUUUGUCAAACAAAAGAUGGGAAUUUUGACGCUUACCCUGUGCACGAGUGGUAUAAGUUCAGCCCCGAAAUCACGUAUCGCUACCUUCGUGAUGAUGAGGCUGAAGCGGAAUUCAGUCGCCGACAUAAAACCAUGAAUCUUUUUAAUGUCAUGGUUAAGCGGAAAAUGGCUGAUGAGGCUGUGGAGGAAGCUAUGGCAGAGGGCAACGACGCCUUUACCAACAGAUCACACAGUGGGACCAAGAAUGGUAAGGCUACGAAAAGGGAUCGCUCCUCCGCUCUCCUCUUGACAGAACUGGAUGAGUGGAAGGAUUUCGGUGCAGACGACGAGGAGGAAGAGGAUGAGGGGGCCGAAGGAAUAACAACAGGCGAUGUUGAGGUUGAGAGGGUCGGAGACCUUGGUGAGGGCAGUGAGGUUGGAUUCACCAAAAAGCCUGUUGAAUCGGAAAAGAAGGCUAAUAGUAAAAAGAGGCGGGCAGCAGCAAUAGUGGCUCGUAAACGUAGAGCUACCAAGCAACGCGCCCGUCGGCGGCGGAAAGGGGCGAUCGGAAACUCUUCGGAUGAGGAAGAUGACAUUAAUGAAGAGGCUUGGGAUGAGAGUGACCCUGACGAUCACGAGGGCGAUGAGGUAAAGCUUCAUAACUCCACCGUCUUUAUGGUUGAUUAUAUGACGGAUUCCUCAUCUGAUGAGGAGAAACUCUCAGAAGACGAUCGAGAGCAAAUCUACCAGGAACAAGGCGUUGAUGAGGAGGCAGGUCUCAAAGCCCUCCUCACUGAUAUGAGUGAUUCUGAAGAGGAGCAACAAAACAAGCCAGAAAACUCGAACCCUGACGACUUUGACGAGGAUGGGGAUGAUGUUGGUGAGGACGCAGAUGGUAAAGGUGAGCAUGAGCAAAAAUUGAGGUCUGGCGACUCGAAGAGUCGGCGUUGUAAAACAGGCUUCUCCGACUCUUCUUCCAAUGAGGAUGACAGCGAUGACUCGAGUGAUGAUUCUUCAAGCGACUCUUCCUCCUCGUCUGCCUCUGAUUCCGAUGUCGCCCCUGACGAUCCCGCCCGUCUUGCAAGAAAGGCCCAGACGAAGGUAGAAUUGCUCCAACGAAUUUCCGACAGAGUUUCGACCCCUGCCCCCCUCUCACAGGCUAACGACCAGUCUAACUCUGGGGGGACGCCCAAAAGACCUCUGGAGGACUCCGGCUUGACAUCGAUCGCAGCCCCUGAAAACCCUUCGAAGAGGCCCAAGUUGAACGAACCAGCCACCGAUGACGUGUUUAUAGCGGCUGUGCGAAAAUACUUGAUGCGUAAACCGAUCAGUGUGGCGGAACUUCUGAAGAAAAUUCGCUCAAAGCGCCUUGUACCACACUCCUCACAGAUCGGUCGCAGCACUGGAGCUUUAGGCACGGAUGACGUGGCUGAGACAAUGCUUGCUAAUGCCCUGCGCAAACUGCGACCUCUCAAACACAUAAUCAAUGGGCAACCUGUUCUUUCUCUCAAGCGAUGA